ACUGCUUACGUCAGCCUCCACCAGGCCACUCAGAUCAACAACACACCUCAGCUUUCUCGAUCGCACCCCUUGGCCUCCCUCCACUUUGCACUCCAACAACAACCUUUCAAGCUUGCAGCACCCAUUGGCACUUGGCAGAGACACCUCAGAGCAGAGAAGGCCCACCAUGGCGCACUUCCAAGCAUCUGCGCGCAAGGACGGCGCGGCCAACCCUGUGACGUACCGGCACCUCCUCAGCCCUCAGGCGAUGACCGUGUUUAAUCCCCUCCGAACCAUCGCCCACUGUGAUAUCGACGGAGCGUUUGCCCAGUUCGAACAGGUCCGCCUCGGCCUUCCUGACCACAUUCCCCUCAUCGCUAUCCAGUGGGACUCGAUCAUCGCCGUCAACUACCCCGCACGAGCGUAUGGCAUCAAGCGUGGGUUUAGCGGCAACAAUCCCAUCGGCGAGGCUAAGAAGGCGUGCCCCCAUCUGGUGGUCCAGCAUGUCGCUACCUUCAGGCAGGGAGACACCGAGGCUGGAUACUGGGACGACGUUGAUCGGCGAACGCACAAGGUGAGCCUGGACCCAUAUCGACGGGAGAGCCUCAAGAUCCUUGCUGUGUUCCGCGAGAUGGCGCCAGACUGUGAGAUCGAGAAGGCGUCUAUCGACGAGGCAUUCAUGGACCUCACGCCAAUGGCUAUCAAGCAGAUGCUCAAGACCUUCCCCCACCUCGCGGCUGUUCCGCCCGACGCACCAGACGGUCUAGACACGCCUCUCCCGCCUCCACCACCGGUGGACUGGUCGAGGAGUGGCAAUGUCAUCCCCUUGAAUGGUCAGAAGAAGGUCGAAACAGGGGAGGAAGGGAAGGAUUCGUCCGAGGACGAGGUCGAGGACGUGCCUUCGACCUGGGAGGAUUGGGCUCUGUGCUUUGGAGCCGAGAUUAUGAUGCAGGUCCGGGAGGAGGUGUGGACAAGGCUGCACUACACGUGCUCAGCAGGCAUUGCGCACAACAAAUCUCUUGCCAAGCUCUGCUCUUCAUGGAAGAAGCCAAACGCCCAAACCGUCUUGCGAGGGGCCUCGGAAGCCAGAUUUCUCCGAGACAUGCCGUUCACCGACAUUCGCUUCUUGGGCGGAAAGCUUGGGAACGCAAUCUCUGAGGAGUUCGGCGCGAACACGGUGGGAGACCUCCUCACUGUGAGCCUCGACAAGUUGCAAGAAACCUUUGGAGAGGAGAGCAUAUGGGUCUACAACAUCAUUAGGGGGAUCGACCAUACGGAGGUCAAGGAGAAGCUCGUCACCAAGUCGAUGCUUGCCUCGAAGAAUACCAUCCCAGCCGUCCGAACGCCAGAAAUGGGUCAUCACUGGCUUAAUAUCCUUGCAGGCGAGCUCACCGUUCGCCUUCGUGAGGGGCGCGAGUCAGCUCCAGGGCUGUGGCCCAAGACUCUUGUGCUGUCCACCCGUGCUACCAGCGAGUCAUUCCAUUCCCGGCAGACUGCAUUCCCCUUCACACGCAACUUGACACCGGAAUACAUCGUCAAGUACGCUCGCAAGUUGUGGGACGAGACAACUGCUCCGCUAAAGAAGGGGACGAUGAAGUAUAGCAAUAUCAGUCUGGCGUUUCAUGGACUUGAGAGCCUCGAAGAAGGUCAACGUGGCAUUGAGAACUUCUUCAACCCCGGUCUGAAGAAAGAGGAGGCGCCAAAGAGGUCACGGACAUCGUCGCCUACCAGAGAUGCGGAGUCCAACAAGAAGCCCCGACUACCGACGCUUCAGACAGGCAGUGUCAAGAAGAAGACACCGCUAGAGAACUUCCUGUCUCAAAAGCCGUCUACCCCAAAGGUGGAAUCUGUCGACUCAGACGGCAGCGAUAGUCCUAAGCUGAUUCACUCGGAGGAGGUCGACGGCAGCUGGACUUGUCCCAAGUGCCAGACUGUCAUCGCGCCAGGAGACGACGUCGUUGAGGAGGACCGGGAACGUUGGCUCACGGCGGCACGUCAAGAACACGAUGAUUACCACUUUGCUCUCUCACUCCAGGAGGAGACUCCGCGAGCAAGUACAAGUAGACCGAUACCAGCCCCAAGGCAACCCAAGGCGACCAAGAAGAGCGCCGGUAUUAAGGCCUUCUUUGCCCCCAAGAGGUGACUGUAAC